AUGCGGGCGAUCUCAUCGGCGGCGGGAGGCAUGCUGCGGGCGCGUCUGUGCGCGGCGGCGCACGUCCGCGGCGGGCAUGGCGACGGCGCGGGGCGGUGGACGACGCCGGGGCACGAGGUGCGGCCCAAGGGGUACCCGAUGAACCGCACGCCGCCGCCGCCGGGGGAGUCGCGCAAGUGGGAGGACUGGGAGCUGCCCUGCUACCUCACCUCCUUCCUCACCGUCGUCAUCCUCCUCAACGCCAAGCCCGAUCUCACCAUCGAGACCUGGGCGCACCAGAGGGCGCUCGAGCGCCUCCAGCAGCAGGAGCUCGCCGCAUCCACCGACGCCCUCGCCGAGUGA